AUGGAGCGUAUAGAGGAGGUUUUGGGGAAAUUCUCCUUAUCCGAGAGUGAAAGGGAGGGAGUUUGUCUGGAAAAUGAGAAGUUGGAAAAAGGAAUAAAGGAAUGCAAACUGAGUUUAAUUGAGAUUAGAGCCAAUAUGUUCCAAUUUAUGUUUGAGAGUAGGAAGGACAUUGAGCUAGUGCUAAGCAAAAGACCAUGGAUCUAUGAUGGUCAGCCUUUGGUGUUGCUGGAAUGGAAAGCAAGGUUGAAGGAAGCGGAGAUGGCUUUUAGUAAGACUCUAGUAUGGGUCCAGAUCUGGAAUAUACAUCUUCAUUGGGCUAUGAAGGAAGCUAGGCGCAAAAUAGGAGGCAUCUUUACCGGUGUCAGAGAGGUUAUUAUUCCCCAGAGAGGAGGUAAGGGUGGUAGACAUUUAAAAAUUCUUGCUGAACUAAAUCUUAAAGUGCCUUUACCUAGGGGAAUUAUGGUUAAAAGCAAUGGUGUGACAAGAUGGAUUGAAUCUAAAUACGAAAAAUGUCCAGAUUUUUGUUUCUGUUGUGGCCUGAUAGGACAUAAUGAAUGA